GGGAAGGACCCCAUGGUUUCGUUCGUCUACACCACCAUAUCUUUUGUAGUUGCGAGAGCUGUGUCGGGCAGCUCGAUCCAGCUCAGGUUUUUGAAGAUGCCAGGUGGGGAACUCGGGAGCCUUGAUUGAGCAAAAUUCUCUCCGUCUGUUGAUUGGUUGCCCCGGAGCUUCUGACCCACUCUGUGCUGGGAACCAAGGCCAACCAGCCCUUCUCGACAAUUUUCCUCACGCCGGCUCUCCAAUCUUCCAUCAACCUCUCCGUCUAAAUCUCCCCUCCACGCAAUUGCAACCCGCUUGCAAUUGUUUUCCCUAUUUUGAAGAGGCCCCAUAUACCUCGUCAGGAUGUUCCGGAACGCCCUCAGACAGAGCACGCGCGCCGUGGGCGCUCUCUCUGCCACCAGCAGACUCGCUGUGCGAAAUGCCGCACCCGCUGCCAUCCAGGCCCGCACCUUCGCCGAGGCCAAGGCCUCCCCGACUGAGGUCUCUUCCAUCCUUGAGCAGAGAAUCCGCGGUGUCCAGGAGGAGUCCAACCUCGCCGAGACCGGUCGUGUCCUCUCCGUCGGUGAUGGUAUCGCCCGUGUGCACGGCAUGGCCAAUGUCCAGGCUGAGGAGCUUGUCGAGUUCGCCUCUGGCGUCAAGGGCAUGUGCAUGAACUUGGAGGCCGGCCAGGUCGGUGUCGUGCUUUUCGGUUCUGAUCGUCUUGUCAAGGAGGGCGAGACCGUCAAGCGUACCGGCGAAAUUGUCGACGUUCCCGUCGGCCCCGAGCUUCUCGGCCGUGUCGUCGAUGCUCUCGGCAACCCCAUCGAUGGCAAGGGCCCCAUCAACACCAAGGAGAAGCGUCGUGCCCAGCUCAAGGCCCCCGGCAUUCUUCCCCGCAAGUCCGUCAACCAGCCCGUGCAGACUGGUCUCAAGUCCAUCGACGCCAUGGUCCCCAUUGGUCGUGGUCAGCGUGAGUUGAUCAUUGGUGAUCGUCAGACCGGCAAGACUGCCGUCGCUCUCGAUGCCAUGCUCAACCAGAAGCGGUGGAACAGCGGCAACGACGAGACCAAGAAGCUUUACUGCAUCUACGUCGCCGUCGGCCAGAAGCGCUCCACUGUCGCCCAGCUCGUAAAGACCCUCGAGGAGAACGACGCCAUGAAGUACUCCAUCGUCGUCGCCGCCACCGCCUCCGAGGCUGCUCCGCUUCAAUAUUUGGCACCCUUCACCGGCGCUUCCAUCGGCGAGUGGUUCCGUGACAACGGCAAGCACUCUCUCGUCAUCUUCGACGAUCUGUCCAAGCAGGCCGUUGCUUACCGUCAGAUGUCCCUUCUUCUCCGUCGUCCCCCCGGACGUGAGGCCUACCCCGGUGACGUUUUCUACCUCCACUCUCGUCUCCUCGAGCGUGCUGCCAAGAUGAACGACAAGCACGGUGGUGGUUCCAUGACUGCCCUUCCCGUCAUUGAGACCCAGGGUGGUGAUGUGUCUGCCUACAUUCCUACCAACGUCAUUUCCAUCACUGACGGUCAGAUCUUCUUGGAGGCUGAGCUUUUCUACAAGGGUAUCCGUCCCGCCAUCAACGUCGGUCUUUCCGUCUCUCGUGUCGGUUCCGCUGCCCAACUCAAGGCCAUGAAGCAAGUCGCUGGUUCGCUCAAGCUCUUCUUGGCCCAGUACCGUGAGGUCGCUGCCUUCGCCCAGUUCGGUUCCGAUCUUGAUGCCGCCACCAAGCAGACCCUCAACCGUGGUGAACGCUUGACCGAGCUCCUCAAGCAGAAGCAGUACUCCCCCAUGGCCGUCAACGAGAUGGUCCCCCUUAUCUUCGCCGGUGUCAACGGUUUCCUCGACCAGGUCCCCGUUGCCAAGAUCCUCCAGUGGGAGGCUGACUUCCUCUCUCACCUCAAGACCAACGAGGCUGACCUCCUUGCCACCAUCGAGAAGGAGGGCGCCAUCAGCAAGGACCUUGAGGCUAGACUGAAGGACGUCAUCUCCACCUUCACCAAGGGCUUCCUCGGUUAAAUGCACAUAAUAUAAAACGUUACGUCGCGGAGUUCCUGGGGCCAUCAGUGAGGGAAAGGGGAGGGGUGUCUAUACCGCCGAGUC